AUGUUGCCGCAGCAUUGCAAAAUAUUGCUGAGGCAUGAAGUACAGAAGCAUUUCGAAUCUGGUAGAGAAGUGAUAGAGGUAGUAGUGAAGGUUCUUCAGAUGCACAUUAAGUCCCUUAAAAUGCAAUCAAAGGAAAUGGCUGAUGCAGAUGGAAGGCUGAAAAGAGUUGGAGGUAAGAAUGAGGAUCUUGAGCAACUUUUGAUGACACUAGCUUCUCUACAUGGAGACAACAGUGUUUCAUUAAAGGAUCUCCAUAAAAGGAUGGAUUCACAAAUCACCUCGCUGAAUAGGUUGCUGAUUGAUCCUUCAACAAAGCAAUCAGAGUUGUUUAUUUUGGACCAAAUUGACAAACUAACAAAUGAACAUUCUCAAGCGAUGGUCAAGUUCUCCAAACUACAUAAGGUGUUCAACAAGAAAAAACGUAUGAUGCAUAAAGUCCAGCAACAAAUUGAUAGCUGUUCAUACAACGGUUCAGAGAGUAUGAGCAUUUCUGAACUGGAAAUGAAAUUGGAGCACUUCAAGGCGGAGACUCAGGCUGCUGGACAAAAGUACCGCCAUGCACUGGAUACUGAACUCAAAACCAGAAAGGAGUUCAUCAAGAAUGUGGAAGAAUUAGAAAGCCUUUUUGUGAAACAUGAAGAGAAGCGUCUGUUAACCCUCGUGGAUUGCAUUGGGAAGUAUUCUACACUUCUGACGGCAUACAACCCUAGAGAUAAGACAUAUGCCAUCCUGACAGACCUGACUCAACUGUGCAUGGUUUAUAGUCCAGAUGAACAGAUUCAGAAAUUUCUGGCUCAAGGAUGUAUGGAACUCUCUUUCCCUGUUCCACAGUCCAAAGAAGGUCUCCACUACAUGGGACAAGUUAACAUGAAAUUGAACCUGGAACCUGAUGGUUUUAGUGUUCCUCCUUCAGAACAGCUCACUAGGAUUUCUGAUACUUCAGGCAAUGCCAACAGAAGUCUGAAUGAGAGUAAUGGUGACAGAAACAGGGGUAGAUACAGCCAGGACAUUGAUAGAAAGGUUUCAGGUCUUCCUGUGAAUACUUUCUAUGGGAAUGACACUGUUAAGAAUGGUGAAUCAACCAUACAUCCCAAUAAAUAUAUUCCAAAUGAUAUGGUUCCAGAAGAGUUCAGCAGAAUGACACCAAGGAAUGCCCCAGAUUUACCUUUGAUACCAAAGCCACACUUGUGUGCAGACACUCCCAUCAAAACAUCCCCAAGAAAUACAAAUAACUUGGAGGGACUUCCCCGUAUUGCAUGUCCAGAAGCUGCAAUGCAAAGAAUUUUGUCCAGAGAUGAAAAGAGACCAAUCCAGUUUUCAGAAUGUGACACCAUGCAGGAAGAAAACAUGUUACCUAAACUGCCAAGGUCCAUGAUUGGAACCCCCGAGAAGACAAAUUCACAUUACAAAGAGUCUAUUAACCAAUCUCCUAACGAGCCAAAACAUAAUGAGGAUAAGAAAUUGCCAAAUUCAGUGAUAGCAAUCGGUAAUAAGGCUGCUCAGACAUCAAAGUCAAGAAAUGCUUCCUCAUCAUCUCAUCCUAUUGUGAGGGCAAAAUUGAGAAUGGAAGGCAAUGUAUUGCCUAAGAUGCCAACCUUAGGAAAAAAUGUUAUGUCUUCUGUCAAGGGAAUGAGUGAACAAGACAAUUCAGGGGAUCUGCCACCAUGGUUAAAGUCUAAGACUUCCUUUCUGCCCCAGCUGUCAAUGGCCAGUAAAGACGGUGUGGAGAGCUCUAAUCAUCAGUCUGAUAAUGUGGUAAAUAGUGAAGCUACUAGAUUGCCUAUUCUGCACAAGUCUGAACCUAAUACAUGUACUGCCACUGCUACUCCUUUGUCAUAUGCAAAAGCUGACAGUCAGGGUGUCAAUCCUUCAGAACCCAACCGGAAAGAUGGCUUUUCCAUCUUGCCAUCAAAACCAAAAGUGUUGAUUGACACUGGAAAUUCUCAGUCUCUCACGGUCAGACCUACAACAAAGAAUGCUACUUCAGAUAUUCUGAGGUCUCGCCACAGAGUCAGUGUAGUCAAGCAGAGUGGUUACUUGGACAGUGGCAUUGCAGCUGGAUUCCGUGGGAGUGCAAACAACAGAGAUUUUAAAUCCCAGCAAGAAAUGGUCAGUGGUCAACAGGGACAUCAAGGGAUGGUGAACACUGCUGUAGGAUCACACAGUGUGGUUAGUACUCUUCAGGGAUCACACAGAAUGAUUGAUGUUCCUUAUAGAUCACACAGAUUGCAAAAUACUCCUCAGGGACCACAAGGAAUGGUCAUGGCCCCUCUGGGACCACGAGGAAAGGCUGAUGGAUCCCCAAAUAUAACCCAAGACUCAAAUUGUAAUCCAGCAAUACAACCCCAGAGAGCUUGUGCUGGUGCCGCUACCAACAGCCGGGUGAAAAAAGAACACCUUCCAGAGGGCAAUCUGUCUUAUACCGAAGGUAGUAGGAAAGAGAAGUGUACAGAACCAGUCAACUUUAGCAAUGCAGAUCGCCUCCUCAGUAAAUAUGAUGUAAGAAACCUUGGGAUCGGGGACAAUGAUGAAGAGGAAGAAGACAUUUGUAAAAAGGCAGAUCGUUUGUUGGCCAUGCAUGAUAUCAGGAAUAUUUGUUCAGAGGAUAGUCUCAUAGAGAAGGAGAUAUAA